CUGGGUCGGAAGGUAUGGAUCCGUACUUCCUCUAGUCUUUUAACUUUCUUCCUUUAUCAAAGUUGCAAGCUUACAGCGUUUCAAACGUCGAAGCAUUUUAAACUGCGACUGUUGCGGUGUAAAAGCUUCAGCUACGUUGCGUUAACUUGUUGUUGCGUUUAGCUUACAUUACCAUCUCCUGGAAUUUAGAAUCAAGAUGCAGCCGCAGAGGUUGAAGAAGGCGAUAACUGAUAACCCUAAGAAGCUUGGGAAUUUGAUUGACCUCGUGAACCUUCCAUCUACUCUGCGUGACUUCCUUGGUCAAUCUCAGAUUUCUCGUCUGGGUUGUUUCAUGCGUGUCUGGUCUUACAUCAAGACCAACAAUCUCCAGGAUCCAAAGAACAAGAAUGUGGUUAACUGUGAUGAAAAGCUGAAGAGCAUUUUGCUUGGGAAGCAGCGAGUGGAGCUAGUUGAUCUUCCUUCUCUUAUCAAGUUACAUUUCACCAAGGCACCAAAGUCAAAUUAGCUGAAGAACAUUGGAUUCUUUCUUUGUUUUCAUCUCUAUUAUGGAGUACAUAGAGAGAUAGGCCCUGUUCGUUUCGUGGUCGCCAGCGUCAGCGACCAGAGUCAGCGACCAGCGACUGCGACAUAGUGUCGCUGAUAGUUGUUCGUUUGAAGGUCGCGAGAUUGAUCGCAGCGGUUGUCGCUGAGUUGUUCGUUUCGGUAUCGCUAGCGACCAAAUAUUUAUUUGAUAUCAUUUUUAAAAUUCAUUUAUUUUUCAAUUAUUUUCAUAAAUAUUUUAAGUUUA